GGUCGUCGCCGGCGCCGGCGGCCGCUUCCAUGACGUUGUCGUUGCCUUCUCCGGCAUCGCCGUCGUCGUUCCUUACUUUUCCUCCGCUCUUCAGCCCUUCCCUCUUGCUGGACUCUCCCCACUUCUUUCCCGCCUCAAAUGUUCUUCCAUCUCCAACUACUGGCGCAUUUGGUGGAUUAAUUAAGUCAUCAUCCUCCAAUGAGAAAGAAGAAGAAAGGAUUAGAAAGAGUAAUGAUUUCUCCUUCCAGAUUACCUCUUCAUGGGAAGAACAACAAAUGUCAAGGCAACAACCAAUCAUAGGAUCUUCAGACCUCUCCUCAACAAAGGCCGAGGCAAAACCAAAACAGCCACCAGCUUGCAACAUCGUCCUCUCCUCCUUGCAGAAAAAUGUUGCGAGCUCGCAGCAGAAACCCGUGACGGUUGUGCGUUACAAUCAACCGUCACAGAACACCCGGGCCCAGAAAGCCGAGGAUGGAUAUAGAUGGAGAAAGUACGGACAGAAGCAAGUGAAAGGGAGCCAAAACCCGCGGAGUUACUACAAAUGCACGUACGCGAAUUGCCCUACGAAAAAGAAGGUGGAGAGAAACUCGGAGGGACACAUCACAGAGAUUGUCUACAAAGGUAGCCAUAAUCAUGCCAAGCCUCAGUCGACUAGACGGUUUUCUUCUUCGAAUGUUAAAUCUGAGAGCUUUGACGUUGACGUCCCGAAUCAUCAGCUAAACGCGGUGUUGCUUGGGAGUACUCAUCCACGAGAUACUGGGUUCAUCACGCCAGAGAACUCUUCGGUUUCAUUUGGCGAUGAUGAUCUUGAUCAAGGCUCUGUAUCCAGAGAUGACGGCGACAGCGAACCCGUAGCUAAGAGAUGGAAAGGAGAUAACGAUAACGAGGCAUUAUCAUCUGCAAGUAGAACAACAGUGCGAGAACCGCGAAUUGUAGUUCAAACAACAAGUGAGAUUGACAUUCUUGACGAUGGUUAUAGAUGGAGGAAAUACGGACAAAAAGUUGUGAAAGAAAAUCCCAAUCCUCGGAGCUACUACAAGUGCACAUACACAGGGUGCCAGGUGAGAAAGCACGUGGAGAGAGCAUGCCACGACCGCCGGGCCGUGAUAACGACAUACGAGGGAAAACACAACCACGAUGUCCCCGCCGGUCGCGGCGGCGGCGGCGAUGCCCAUGCCAUUAACAAACCUCAGACCAGGACUGUGUCUUUGGCACUGCGACCGCCGACGAUGCCGGCAGACAAUUCCGACCACUCAUUGAACAACCAAAACACAUCAUGUCAACAGCCGAUUACCUUGCAGAUGUUGCAGGGACCGGAUCUUGGGAGUGCGGAGAAUUCGGAGGGAUAUUAUAUGGAUGAACCUAAACAUGAUGAUGAUGAUGACUUCUUCACCUCUUUCCUAAACUAAUACUCCCUCUCUGGAAAAAAUGUAUUUACUAUUUUAUUUAUUCGAAUUAAAUUCACAUUUUUUAUAUUAAUUGAUUAUUUGACAAAAUAAUACUGUUUAUUUAUAUUACAAGGACUUAUUUUAUAGAUUUCCUGAUGUAAUUCCAAUUAUAUAAAUUUUAUUUUUUACAUUAAUUUUGAAAUGGAGUAAAUUGAAAACAAGUUU